AGAUGAUUUUUGCGUUUGAUAAGAUGCCAUUGUUGUCUUCAUUCCAGGUAUUCGGCUACUUUACGUAAUUGAACACACAUGAUGUCAAACAUGGAGGAAUCGCGGAUUAGUCUGGGGACAAGGCAGGUCGAUGUCCAGCGUGGAAACCUUGUGCAAAUGUGCAGGUUGACAGUGAAAAGUUUGAUUGACAAGUCCAGCUUUGAGCCAGUGGAUGACAGCAGUGACGAGUUGGUCAAUUUCUUUGCUGUCAUGGAACAGUUGCUCCUCUUCAGGAUGAAACCCCAGAAGACCUGGUAUGGAACAGCAGAACCGAGGCAUUACUGGGAGUACAUCAAAGUGGCCUGCCGAAAACUAUCCAACAACUGUAUUACCAACAUCGAGUCCAUUGAGAAUAUCAGAACUAACAGAGGAAAGGGACGGGCCUGGCUAAGAGUGGCACUCAUGGAGAAAAGAUUGUCUGAAUAUUUCUCCAAUGCUUUGUCUCAAACCAGAGUCACCAAGAACUUUUACCACGAGGGUUCAGUAAUGAUGAGUGAGGACUCAAGCAUGUUGUGUGGGACUCUUCUGGGUCUCAAUGCUAUUGACUUCAGUUUUUGUUUGAAGGGAGAUAACCUUGAACUUAUGGGACCUCUGACCAUCAACUACAGUCCUUACUUGCUGUUUCACCAUAAUGAUGAAAGCCUGAGGCAGGACUCUGAAGAGCUGGAGCUGAGUUAUUCCAAUGUGAGUAGUAGCAUCAUGAGUGAAGUGGAUGAGGAAGAUGCCUCCUGGUCUGUCAAAUACAAAAGCCUAGAGAACAAGUUCAAGACCAUUAGUGAACAGAAGGGUUACCUGGAGGAACUUGUGCGUCUGCGUCAGAGUCAGCUGGAAGAGGCCACACGACAACGGCGCCACCUAUUGGACACUCUGGAGCACUAUGAAGCAGAGGCCAUGCGGGAACGCCAACAGCUGGAGGGGGUCAUCAUCGAACUUCAGGGACAACUGCAAAGUCAGACAUCAUCAGAGAUGGGAUCCACUGGGAACGUGUCCCACCACCUGAUGGUGUCCACUGAUCCACGCUCCUCCCUAUCCCAGUCAGGAGUCAAGGAGGAGACGCAGAGUUUAGUCCCCUUGGCAGGUUCCUUUUCAUCAGAGCUGAGCUUCAAGUCUGGAGACAUUCAGAUGACAGCUCUCCCCAAGACAACUAGCGGACUCUCCUAUGAUAAUGACACAGUUACCAAAGAGUCAAGUGGUACAGCAGAGAGUGUUGUGCAGAUAUCUGUGAGUGACAUGGACAAGAGUAACACUGGCUCUGGGCAGGAUCCCCUGCAAGUGGAUGUGUCUGGAGGAGAGAGAGAAGUGGCAGGGUCUGCAGCACAGCCCUUAAAAGAGGAAAAUGGGAACACUGUGGACAAAGAUACGACAGAAGCAGAGAGUCCCGAGGUCAGGUCAUCUCCUGACGGGGAAGUGUCUGAUGAGGAAAAAACCAUCCUCUCUGCCAUUGUUGGAGGAAGUCACCAGGCACAAUCCAUUGCCACUGAUGAGCAACAGAGGUCAGGAGAUGAUUCCUUCUCCUCCGAUGACGGGAGAGCUCCUCCAAGGGAGAUGACCGUGGAGGAAAGCUCCUCUGAUAAUUCCAAUGGGGGAGUGGACUCUGCUACCGCGUACAGGCGAGGCUCAGGACCAGUCCUCACCUAGUGGGGAGGAUGUAGCUGUCCCUAGAGAUUCUUCAGAGACUGCACCAGAUGAUAUCACACCGGAUCAGAGUCAUCAGUAUCUUGACACACACUAGUCUGAACACUGGAAAGUUGAUGAUUGAUAUCAUUAUUUUGCCAAUGUAAUUAUUAAAGAAAAUAGAGCUUUUCCAAUUUGUUUUUUGUUUUGGUUAUUUUGUAGAGGUUUAUUAAAGCAGUGUUGAUUUUUGUGCAAGUGUUAGGGAUUGGGACCAAAGUGCCAUAAUUUACCUUUUAUAAACAUUCCCUCUAGAAUAGUCAUAAAUCAGUAGUUUUAUUAAUGUACCUAUGUUUGUGUUUGAGAUUAGAUUUGUGUUUGGCCCAGCACGGUUUUGGUGCUAUUAGUGGGAUUGUAGGAUUUUGCUUGCCAGUGAGUGUUCUUUGUAUAUGUAUGAAGGUGUGUGCCUUUCUAUUAUAAUGCUCACAGUUGACCAAAUCAAAUUACUACUGGUCUAAAAACUAACAGUAUUUAAACCAUAAGUUAAAGUAUCUUGAAUUGUUUCAUUGUUGCAAUAUGUAGAAAUUAGCAUUUAAUCAAAUGUUAAUUAAAUGAAAGGCUACAAAACAUUGAGUUCAUUUUCUUGCAAGUAUAAGAUUGCUUUCCAGCACAAUUCUGAUGGUUCUUUAUGAAACGGAAAUGAACAUGUUAAAUUACCUUACCCAUCAAAUAUGUGGUAGAGUUAUUAUAAUACUUUCCUGGGAAAAUAUAGAGUUUUUCAGUGAAACAUAGUAAAACAAAUUUAUGUUGUGAACAGCUUGAAUGCCCAGACUCUUCUUGAUGGAGACAUGGGUAUCUUCAAACUCUGAUCUGCAUAUGUGUAGCUUUAUGAAGUAUUUGUAACUUUGUGCUGUAUUUGUAACAAUAUUUGAAAAUUUAUGUUUUCAUUACAUAUUUCGUAAAUGGUUGUAUUUGCUGAUGGAAUCCAGUCAAUCAGGUAAUGAUUUUUACACAGCUUUAGAAAGCUAAUUGCAAUCAUAAUGAAGGAAUGUCUUUGAUAGGAUGUACAUAUCAUGAUUAGCUUUUGGGUCAGCUUGUGUUUACAUUAGGAAUUUUAAGAGACUUGUUUUGUUAGAGAUGCUUUGAAUUUUUAUACACAUUUGAUACGUGUAUUCAUGACUCUCUGUUGGUGUCUUGUCACUUCGCUAUCUAAGGUAUUCCAGGAUUUCCUUGAUGUAUUACCUGUUUCCAGAUCAGAGUGUAAAUAGUUUGUGAAUAUAUGUUUCCUAUCAUUGCUCUAAUACAUAAAAGUAUUUGUCGCUAAAUAUUCUAGGUAAGGACAUUGACAUAUUUAUCAAGUCAGCUUGAGUACUGUAUGGGGGUCGUUGACAGAGUUAAUGUACUGGCCAAAUUAUUCAAUAUCAUUAGCCUUUUGGUUAUUAAGUUGAUGUGUAGUGCAUAUUGGCCAAAUUCUCAGACGUAUUUACCAAGUCCACAUGCUUGACGUUCUUGGUGUAUUGACCAAGUGGAUAUGCGUGGUGUAUUGACCAAGUUGACGUGCUUGGUGUAUUGACCAAAUUGACUUGCUUUGUGUAUUGACCAAGUUGACGUGCCCGGUGUAUUUGACCAAGUUGACGUAAUUGAUGUAUUUGACCAAGUUAACAUGAUUGGUAUAUUGACCAAGUUUUUAAGAUAUGGUGUUCAUCAAGUUCCCAUGCUUGACCAAGGAACCAAGUCAGCAUGGUUGCGUAUUGACGAAUUUGACAUGGUAUUCACCAAGUUAGCAUGGUUGGCGUAUUGACGAAUUUGACAUGGUAUUCACCAAGUUGCCAUGGUUGGCGCAUUGACGAAUUUGACAUGGUAUUCACCAAGUUCUCAUGCUUGAUGUAUUGACCAUUUUGAUAUGGUAUUGACCAAGUUGCCAUGAUAUUGGCCAAGUUUUUUCGCUCGACUUACUGACCAAGUUGUCAUGGUAUUGACCAAGCUCACAUAUUUGACGUAUUGACUAAAUAGGGCAUGGUACUGUUUGACAUCGAGAUUUUGUCAUUGCACGCUAGUUUAAUGCUGUAGUUGUACGGAAUUAGCUUGUACAACUGACGACUCCUGGAUAUACAGCAGUGUUUGCUAAAGUCGCCCCUCUGGAAUUGAUUACUCCAGGUGCGAAUUACAGCCUCUUGUGUGCGGGUAUCAGACAAUGGUUACUAAAACAUUUCAAUAGUUUGUGUGUUUUAGUGAUACUAUACCGUUUACUAAAGGCUAACUUUGAUACCAUGUUACGAAUGAAUGAAUGAAUGAAUGAUUAAUUGUGGCUUAAUUAAUGAUAACAUGUUACGGUACAACUUUAUCCAUGCAUAUUGCCAGUGGAGCUAUAAUUUGUCCCAAGCGCACAUAUUCGUGCUGUAGCCAAACAUUUAUUUGCUGUGAUCCAAGCGGACUUACAACAUUUUACGCUUUAUGUCAAAGUAUUCCGAAUAUUACUGCAGUCACGAUUUCAAAUUCUUUCAGUAUUUGUGAUAUUUGUCAAUACAUUCUUUAAUAAAACACAAAAUCAUUGUUGAC